CUCCGAGAGUGGAGAGGACAGAGCCGGUGGGAGAAAAUACCGUCUCUAGAGUAGGUUUGGAGUUUGGACGACGAACCAGAGAGAGAGCAAACCUCAAUUGGAUCCAAUGGACGCGGAUAUGGAGGAUUAUGGGUUCGAGUACUCAGAUGAGGAGCCUGAAGAACAAGACGUCGACAUUGAGAACCAAUAUUACAACUCCAAAGGAUUGGUUGAAACGGAUCCAGAAGGAGCUCUUGCAGGGUUUGCUGAAGUAGUUCGCAUGGAACCUGAAAAGGCCGAGUGGGGUUUUAAGGCUCUUAAGCAAACUGUCAAGCUUUAUUAUCGUCUGGGAAGGUAUAAAGAAAUGAUGGAAGCAUACAGGGUGAUGUUGACAUACAUCAAAUCUGCUGUGACGCGAAAUUACAGUGAGAAAUGUAUAAACAAUAUUAUGGACUUUGUCUCUGGUUCAGCUAGUCAAAACUUUAGUCUCCUUCGAGAAUUUUACCAGACUACGCUAAAGGCACUUGAAGAUGCAAAAAAUGAGAGACUUUGGUUCAAGACAAAUCUUAAGCUUUGCAAGAUCUGGUUUGACAUGGGUGAAUAUGGGCGAAUGAGUAAGAUCUUGAAGGAACUCCAUAAAUCUUGUCAAAAGGAAGAUGGUUCCGAUGAUCAAAAGAAAGGAAGUCAACUUCUGGAGGUAUAUGCUAUUGAGAUUCAAAUGUACACUGAGACUAAGAAUAACAAAAAGCUUAAGCAAUUGUACCAGAAAGCUCUUGCAAUAAAGUCAGCAAUACCCCAUCCAAGAAUUAUGGGUAUAAUUCGCGAGUGUGGCGGUAAGAUGCACAUGGCAGAGCGCCAAUGGGCAGAGGCCGCCACAGAUUUCUUUGAAGCUUUUAAGAAUUAUGAUGAGGCUGGGAACCAAAGGCGUAUUCAAUGCCUGAAAUACUUAGUUCUAGCUAAUAUGCUGAUGGAAUCCGAGGUCAAUCCAUUUGAUGGUCAAGAAGCGAAGCCGUACAAAAAUGAUCCUGAGAUUUUGGCAAUGACAAAUCUGAUAGCAGCAUAUCAAAGGAAUGAGAUCUUGGAAUUCGAGAAAAUUCUAAAGAGUAAUAGGAGGACAAUAAUGGAUGAUCCAUUUAUCCGAAACUACAUUGAAGAUCUUUUGAAAAAUGUGAGAACUCAGGUGCUGCUUAAGCUUAUCAAGCCUUACACAAGAAUCCGCAUUCCUUUUAUAUCAAAGGAGCUUAAUGUACCUGAAAAAGACGUUGAGCAGCUAUUGGUUUCACUGAUUUUGGAUAAUCGAAUUGAUGGACACAUCGACCAAGUAAACCGGCUUUUAGAACGCGGUGACAGGUCAAAGGGAAUGAAGAAAUAUGCUGCUAUAGAUAAAUGGAAUACACAGUUGAGAUCCCUUUAUCAAACCAUCGGCAACAGAGUAUAUUGAGAGUGAUUUAAACGAAUCGUUUUGUUAUUUUGUUCCAUGAGAUGCUCAAUUUUCUAUUAUUGUGUAUCGUGACUAUGGUUCCAACUUUACCUGCUUGAGAUCACAGCGUUGAAUGAGCUGUGUGUGGCUUAGUUUUGACCUUUGAUUGCUAGGAUAUGAAUGUUAUUUAAUAUGAUCUAUAUACAUUCUACAUUGCAUGGAA